GUUGGCUCACUCAUGGAACACGGAACUCUCUCCCACAAACACACUUGCAAAUGAGUCGAUUCCGUUGGUCGGAUCGAUAGGUGAAAUCGACAGGAACUGUACAAGUCAUGAUCAGAGAACACUGGUGAAAACCGAGAACGCUGAAAACGUAAACUUCAUGAAAUCAGCCGUUACUGUUUUGUUCCUUUUAUAAGGUGGAUUAUUCUUUGAGAAGAUGUCACGGUAUUCAGGUGCUUCUGACUACAAAGUGUAUGUUGGAGACUUGGGGCCCUCUGCUUCCAAGUUAGAGCUGGAGGAUGCGUUCUCCUACUACGGAACGCUGCGCAGCGUGUGGGUGGCGCGGAACCCGCCUGGCUUCGCCUUCGUGGAGUUCGAAGACCCCCGCGACGCCAGACGCGCGGUCCGCUGCCUAGACGGAAGGAACAUCUGUGGACGUCGCGUGCGCGUGGAGAUGUCCAACGGCGGGCAGGCGCCUCGGCGCGGCAUCCACCCGGAGGACCGCUGCUACGAGUGCGGCGACCGCGGCCACUACGCCCGCGACUGCAGGCGCGACCGAGCGCGCAGCGGCCGUCGCAGCCGCUCGGCGCGCUCCAACCGCUCGGCGCGCUCCAACCGGUCCCGCGCAGCGCGCUCCCGCACGUCGCGCGGCGCGCCCCGACGCAGCCCGUCUCGCAGCCGCUCCCGUUCCCGCUCGCGCAAGCCGCUCCCGCUCACACAGCCGCUCCGCAGCCGCUCCGCCGCGCAGGGCCGCCCGGACCAGCAGUUUACAUUUUUAUCUAUUAUUCAACAUAGUUUUGAUUUUUUAAAUAAAAAUUUGUUUAGGGAUCUUGAACAUAAAGAAAGUUACAUGGAAUGCCAAGUAAAAUAUAGGAGAGGACCCGAUCCCGCUCGCAUUCGCGAGCCCCACGUUCUGGAUCCAGCUCUAGCAGCAGAUCCCAUGCUUCUGAAAACAAAGCCAAUGAAGAAGGAGAAAAAAAGGACUGAAUGGAUUUCUCUUGCCAGCAUCACUUGUGUUUUUAUUCUUAGUAGCUAUUUCUUUUCAAUUCUGUGAAUGUAUCCACAAACCACGUAUUCAUGAUCCCAAGAACACAUUUGUUGUGUGGUUUUGUAUCUUUUUGUUUGUCUCGCAUUAUCCCAACAUGUGAUUGUGAGUUGACUGCCAAAAUACAAUUUUACUGGAAUUGUAAGAUUUUGGAGUGGAUGCGAUAUUUAAUGGUUUAUAUUAAUAAUUAUUAAUUCAGAUUAUAAUGAAAUUAGUUUGGGAUACAUUGAGCUGAACAAAUCGUUAUGACAUUGAAAACUAGAAUUGAUUCGAAAAUUAUUCAUAAAAUAUCUUGACAUAAUAAUAUGCAUUGAUUUCUUGUUUAAAAAAAAUUGGUAACAAUAUUUACAGAGGUACACGUCCUAUAGUCUCCUGCCAUUUUUUUCCUAUAUUUCUUCAAAAGGAGCAUAUUAAACAAUUCUGACAACAUAAAAUUGAUCUUCAAAAGUGACAAAUAGGCUCAUUUUUAGUAGGGAAUUCUGAAAAUAUGCAAUAUUAUGAAAAGUUUAUAAUUACCUCAUUUCUGUAAUAGUUUGAAAUAAUAGUGUUGAACAUUUGCCAUUCUGAUACUUAUUAGCGACAUGCCUAACAUUUUCCUACUUGGCAUCCAGUGGUUGUUUGUUUCUCUUAGACAUUGAUAAUUCCUCUCAAAUCAUGGCAUGUAUUUAAAGACCUUGACUCAAAAAUCUCUUUGGACAAAAUAAUUUGGACUUUUCAUAAACUUGCUUGUGAAUAUCUGAUUCUUUAAAAAUUUGAAAUUCCAAUUGAAGUGAGGCUUGAAACUUCCCUUAUUUGAACUUGUAAUCUUUGGUUUAUGAAGCUAAAACAAAAAAGAAAGAAAAAUUUUGAGUUUGGCCAAGCAAUAGUGGAAUAAGGACAUGUAAAAAAAAUUCAAUAAUAAUAAUAUAAUAAAAGAAUAUGGAAAAUUUUGUAUUCUUAUUUAUUUGAAACAUGAAAGUUUUUUUGAAAUAUCAUUUUGGAAGGAAAGGAAGUAAGGAAACAUUGACAAAACAGUAAUUAAUGUCAUUUUGGUUUAUUCUCAAACUAUUUCCUCUUUGUUUCUUGAAAGUACAUCUCUUCGCUUUGUGACAUUACAUCUCUUUGCUUAGCUCAGAUAGUGUCUUCUGUUGCCAUGAAAUGCAAAGUGCUGACCAUGGGACAUUUGCAAAUCUGAUAGAUGGUGAAAAGAUGAGAACUCUGCAUCUGCUGCUUCAGCAAUCUGCAAAAUAUUUCACUUUUGUUAUAAUGCAAUUUAAUGAUACUGAGAAGAGAGACAACAUACAUUGAAAUUACAUAAUUAAUUAAAACUAACAAAAGAAAAUCUGUUGCACAUGGAAAACCGCUAAAAUUUUUAACCCAUUUAUGCUCACAGAGUUGGUAAUGUCUCAAUGCAAAUGCAAGUGAUUACAGACACUAAAAAAUGUUUUCUUUUUUAUUUAUAUAUGAAUUAAAAAAGCUGGAUCUUUUUGUUUCCCCGGUAAAAAAAGAAACAAAACAAUGGGGCAAUGGGGCAAUUCUGGCUUCAGAUUUGGAUUCUGUUUCAAAAUAUCUAAAAAAUGUGUGUAGAGUCGAGUGUGACAACUUUUUUCCUGCGCAAUUAAGCAAUCUUUUGUUUAUAAAUUCAAUGCUUCACAGUUUCAAAACUAGUGAAAGUCACUCGUGAAUCUAGCUGCAAAAGGUACACACCACGAUAAAUAUUAUUGGCAUGCAAUAUCCUGUUUGGGUGUUUUUUUCGCUAAUAUUUACUGAUGUAAUAUAAUAAAACAUACAUCUAUUCAAUGGAAUAAAAAGGCUUUCUAAAAGUAAUAUGAAAAAUAUAUAAAUAAGUGGUAUAAAUAUGGGUGAGUUGUUAACGACCUUGAGAGCACUAGACAUAACAAACUACAUCAAAAGCGCAGUUUCGAGAAGAACUGGAGUGUGUGGAGUCGAAUAUUUUCAUUACUCUCCCAAUUGACAAUUGUGAAGAAGUGUCGGUCGGGGUUUCAAGUGAUAUGAUCCUGAUAGGCUUAGUUGCUGAUGGUUACAACGAAACUGAAAUAAAGAAAUAUUCAGAUUUGUACAUGCAACUGAUUAAACAAAGUUAGAAUGAAGUGAUAAAUUUGUCAAAUUGCAUCCCAUGAUUGAGAUACUCAAUGAAUAGUUUGAGAUAUUUCCCAGUUACAUUGUCCACUGAUGAAUCAAUGAUCCCAUUUUCUGAUAAAAAUGUAAACAGUUUAUAUUUCGGGAAGCCUAUAUGCUUUGGCUUCAAGAGUGGGUUCUUUCAUCAUCUUCAGGAUAGUGUUAAUUUUGACAUUUACUGAGGCCAGAGAAGGUGUGGAUUGAAAAGUAUCUGUUGCAAAAGUAGGGCUGGGUGAAUCUCUUGUUUUGCAAUUUGCUCAGAUCUUGCAGAAACAAGUUUCAGGAUAUGAAAUUUUCUCUCUUUUAUGAUAAUUUCUUUGCAAGUCCUGUUCUCAUUAAGUAGGGGAUGUAGGGUUGAGGGGCAUAAGUGCUGUGAGGUCAAUAGGAUGGAAAAAUGUCCUGGUGGAUCCAAAAGUAUUGAAAAAGAAAAAUAAGAGGAUCAUACAAUAGUGCAAUUGAUUGACCGUAAUGGCAUUGUCUGUAGAAUGACAGUAAUGCAUCUGCAUUAUCCAGUUUGGUGUAUUUCCUGUCCUAAAAGCUACAAUAUAUUCAGUAAAAGAUAAUAUUCCCCAACUAAACAUAGUAAAUAAUAAUAAAAAUAUGGGGGGGAGUAAAUCAAACGAACUCUGUAUCAAAUUGGAUUUCGAGGUAUGAAAUGGUGCAUGCCGAAUCUGUCUUGGUGGG